AUGUCUGCAUUGUUAAAUAAUAAUAGUAACAAUCCAUCUACUAAUGGGACUACACCCGCCAAUACAAAUCCGGCUACUGACGUGACAAACACAGAUCCCACCACCAAUGGUACUAAUACAUCCCACAACAAUAAUAAUAACCAUGAUAAUAUUCCUAUAAUAACAACAGAUUAUACUGUCGAGCAACAAGAAGCUUUAAUAGACUCCAUCAUUUCGAUCUUAUCGAUCCCAGAAAAUAAAACAAUGGUAUCUAAGAAUUAUGCAAACAUUAUUAAUAAAAACUUAGAAGUGAAAGCGUAUGCCAAGAUCGUGGGGAAAGAUUGGACUUAUUAUAUCAAGAAUUUAGAAAUCACAAUUGGUAGAUUAACCACAGAUAUAACAAACACCAACAUGGCUCCUAUUAAGAAUGAAGAAUCAAUUGAUAUCGAUUUGGGUCCUACGAAAGUCAUCUCAAGAAAGCAUGCUAUUAUAAAAUUCAAUAUAACCAAGGGAAGAUGGGAAUUGCUCUUGUAUGGUAGAAACGGUUGUAAGAUCAAUUAUAAAAGAUUCUAUAAAUUAGAUAAGUCCAAGACUCCCUUAAUAUUACCCUUAUCUUCGGGGACUGUAAUUGACAUUGGUGGUACACAAAUGUUAUUUAUCUUGCCAGAUAAAUUACCGAUCAUUAAUAAUGUUUCAUUAAAUCAUUUCUUACCCAAGAUUUUGAAUUCCAUUGGUCCCAGCAACUUACGCUCUUUAGAAUCAAAUCCAAGUUUAAAUCAAUUGAUUUUAGAUCUAAUUAAAAAUACAAAUUAUUAUAAAACAUAUUAUGGGAAUGCCUUGACUCAACCAAUGAUUAAUGAAUUAAAUCAAACUGCUGCCAAUGCCAAUGCCAAUGCAAACGCAACUACUAAUGCAAACCAAUUGACAAAUAAUGACCCAACUUCAAUGACUACUACUACUACCAGCUCUACUGAUAUGAACAAUUAUAUGGCUCCCUCGGACCCAUCACUCUUAAAUAAUGAUUCCAAUAAGAUUUCGAAACCACCACAUUCGUAUGCAAUUAUUAUUACAAAGGCUAUUUUAUCCACAGACGAAGGUAUAAUAUCUUUAUCAGAUAUUUAUAAAUUCGUUUACAAGAAUUAUUCAUAUUUUAGAUAUACAAAGACUGGUUGGCAAAAUUCCAUUAGACAUAAUUUAUCCUUAAAUAAAGCUUUUGAAAAAGUUCCCAGAAAAUCAAAUGAUCCAGGGAAAGGGAUGAAUUGGAGAAUUAGCCAGGAUUAUUUAAAAGAUUUCUUAGAUAACUAUUAUUUUAAUAAACCAACAAAAAUUAGGAGAGGCUCCUCCAUUGCCAAACAAUUACGGUUACAUUUAUCAUUAAAUAAUAAACUACCGGGCCAAGAUUCAUUCUAUCCAAUGGAUGGAACUCCAUCGUCUAAUGCUAACCUGAAUAACACGAAAAGCAAUAAUGAAAAACAAACUGUUUCAUCAUGCUCAUCUCCUUCUGGUUCUGGACCCGGUUCACCAAAUUCACAACGUUCACCAACCAAUAUAACAAAUCCUACUUCUAUUAAUUCAAACCCAAUAGCACCUAUAUCUAUUAAUGAUUUAAAGAAAGAUUCGCUAAACCCAACAAAUAACGCAUUGAUAUCUUUUAAUAAUGCAAACCCUAUACAAAAUACUACUAAUAAUAAUGUUAUACAGAAUCCCACAAAUACUACUACUUCUACCACUGUCACUCAUAAUCACCAAAUGGGACUCAAUAAUCAAAUAUCACAACAAAUACCCAAUCCACAGGGACUUGGGACAAUACCGGUGACAUUACCAACUCCCAUCACAAGCACAUCUAAUACAGCUACUGGAACAGCUCUCGAUGCUGGAUAUUUAGGUGAUAAACCUUCGAUUAGUAGAGAUGCAUCUACUGUUUGGGGUAUGCUGGGCUUAAAUUCAUUAGGAAAUAAUAAUAAUAACAAUAACCCAAAUAAUAAUGUAAUGCCCAACAAUAUGAAUACAUUACCAACUGGGAUACCAAUGAAUAGUAAUUCGAUAUCAAUGCCAAUGCAGAUGCAAAUGGGGGUACCAAUGUCCAUGCCAAUGCCAUUACCAAACACUAAUAACCCAAACAUUCAAAAUGCUGUUCAUAAUAAUCCAAACAGUAAUCAUUUGAAUCCCAAUGUAAACUUAAAUGUAAAUCGGAAUGCUAAUGCAAAUCCUAAUUUAAACAUGAACAUGAAUAUGAAUAUGAAUAUUAAUAUGAAUAAUCAAUAG